AUGCGUCCAGGCAGCAGCUCAUACCAAGAGCGCCUUCAACGCCUCCCUCUUGUUGAGGAUGCAUUCCUGGGAGACGUGCGUACGCGGUACUCAACUGCCGGCCCUUGGCGGUUAGGAGGCCAGUGCUCUGCUGUACCUACAACCCUUCCACCCUGCAUAGCAGAUAUCCAUAUAAAGCGGCAGCAAGCGGAGCACAUUCGGCCUGCUUCUGUCUAUUUGGAGAUGGAUUAUUCACCAGGGAUUGUUUCCGAUAGCUCUUUGCUAUUCCCAACUGAUCAGGAUGACAAGAAACACCUAAGAAUGUUCCAUGGCAGCUUCUCUUUGCAUCUCCCCAAAGCCUCUUCAUAUCCCUUGGGACUCUCAUUUCUUAAAUCGAUCACUGGCAAGUCAUGUCGACAACGUUACUUAAAAUUGUUAGACUUAUUAUCAACAGAUGCACUGCACGUAACAAAAGCCUUAGUUAGCCACACUUCAAGUGUAAGCCCUUCGGCUGCCCUAGAUCCACCUCAAAGCACCCAACUGGUAUUAUCAACGCACCGAGCUAUUCUACGACCUAUAGUAUGUCGCGAACUUCUGACAGACGUAGUUCGUCUACUAACAUGUAGUGCACCAGACGUGGUGACACUAUCAAGUUUAGAGCGCUCAGCUCGUUGGUUCCUUACAGCUGCCCCUCACUCUAUCUGGUUUUCAGACCGUAAUGGACUAAGCACUGGCGUACACAUAUGUCGUGAGGCCAUCAAGUGUAAGAGUACAUGUUCGCCACCUGUCAGCUUUCUCUGCAGUUACUUUAAAGCCUCCAAUCUUCCUUUAGACACUAGUGUUGAGAAAAUAUCUUCACCAACAAUAAGCACUGGCCACCUGAGGCUUGGUCUGGAGCUCUACCUCCUGCUAUAUAGGUACUACCUGAUCAGAAAGACCCUAUUCUUCGCAUCUGCGCAUUCGCUGAAUACAGAGCUGCAGUCGCUUGCAGUACGAACAAAUGCACGAGAGAUAUACUCUCAGCUAGCCAACGUCUCCACCGACAUUCAAGCUUUGUGGACACAGAAGACUACUCUUCAGAACUUUCGGGAAUCUCUUCCAGUGAGUGCCACAAGAAUGAAUCAGCGCAUUCAGCUUCUAAAAAUGGCACUAAAUGAUGCUAGUAUGAAGAUUCUGAGGCAUCAAAAGAAGCAUGGUCAAAGCAAAGAAUACUGGAGAACCAAGAGCGCUGAGCUGGAGCAGAGCGCUAUGCGCCAACGGAAGGUGCAGCAAGACCUUCAAGACCAAAUACAGAGGCUUGAGCAACGCGUUAAGUCAUCAACUUUGGCAAAGACGCGAGUCUCGAGAGGAGCCGAGAAGAUCCAAUCAAGCGUGGACAAAUUGAACAAUAAAAUGGCCGCAAAAAAGGGAGAACUGGAAGGAUUGAACAAACAGAUUAAGGAACUAAAUCAAACGCUCACUGAUAAAGAGUGGCAGAUCACCACAGCCCAAUCUGUACGCAAACGAGAAUUGGAAGCCAAUUCCUUGGCACUACACACAGAACUUAACAGACUCGAUGUACUAUUAAGUGCAUCGUUCUUUGAAAACAAGCCUGCUAACCUUCACUCAAUUAUAGCCAACAUGCAAUUAUACAUCUCUCGAAUAACCAAAACAAAGGACAUAAAUCUCACACUUCCGGAGCUAGGCGCGCUUGAGGAGCAGAUCCUUGCAAUACACAAGACUGGGUUUAUCCAGCUGCUAUCAGACAGUAUAUCUGCUAUGCAACGAAUCAACUAUAAGUUUCCUCCCAAGUUUCUAGGCCUUAUGGCUGCAACAUGCAUUUCACUGCAACAGAGAACCGCCCUUCUAAAGGAGCUAUGCGCAUUUUUGGGCAAAGCGCAACCGCACCUCAUGGCAUGUUGCACGGCGGUCUCUGCAGCACGUACGAGCAAGCCAUCCGCCCCGCUAUCGUCCAAUCCAGAUGUUAGUGUUAUCAUAACAUCAACCAGCAUUCAGCCAAAGCUCUGCUUUCAGCACCAUUCGGAUGAUGCGACAACAUCUAGCUUCUGUGGUAAUAGCGAGGAGGACACAGGGCCCCAAGGAAGCAGCUCUACCAAGGAAGCUUCAGAAGGUGCCUCUCAAGCAAAGGAACCAGAGCUUUGCAGCUUGCUUGGGUCACCUAUUCCGUGGAAUCUCUUGCACUACAGGUAUUCUACCUCACUGACACUGGAGCAAAACAUCUUGCAGUACCUACGACAAACCUGUGCCCUCAACCCUUGCAUCGCAAGAUCCCAUCACUACAAGCAGACGCUGAAGCCUUCGCUUGCUGACGAGAGCAUAAACAAAAAGUCUGAUGAAUGCUGCGAGAAAUCCAGCACUCCGCACCCUAGUACCCCUGUGGAAUGA